GAGUUAACUGUUAAUUGAUGAACUGAGAGUGAAACUGAGAUCUUGCCUGAAAGUUUUCGAUAUCUCCCGUUCUGAUGCAGUAAAGUGGUGUCUUUAAUACUCGGGAAGCUAUCAGGAGAUGGUGAUGUUACCUAGACCUAGCCGUGUUAUCCUGUUGCUCCUGGCAACCACCGUCAUGGCAACAGCAGAUGAGAAUGAGGAGAGAAGAAAGCCCAACAUCAUCGUCUUUCUUAUGGACGAUGUUGGUAUGGGAGAUAUUGGUUGCUUUGGAAACACCACCAUAAACACCCCGAACAUCGAUCAGCUGGCCAAAGAGGGCGCCAAACUGACGCAGCAUAUUGCUCAUCCCAUCUGCACACCUAGCCGAGCUGCUCUCAUGACGGGCAGAUACGCCAUAAGAAGUGGUAUGACAUCUUUUCACCUCAUGAGAGUGAUCUCGUUCAUCAGUGCUCCGGCAGGACUUCCCUCCAAUGAAACAACCAUUGCAGAAGUAGCCAAAGAUGUUGGAUACUCUACAGCCCUCAUUGGAAAGUGGCAUCUUGGAUUCAUGUGCGAGAAAGAGAAUGAAUGUUCAGACCCGAAUAGCCAGGGUUUUGAUUACUUCUAUGGUCUGCCCCUCACCAAUAUCCUGGACUGUGGCCACGGAACAGUCUUUGAAGCAUGGAGGAGAAACUUCUACACAGAGGUAGCUGUCACUAUGGUCGUUCUUGCCCUUGCAACGUUCAUUCUCUUCAUGUACAGCAUGGUGAGACGGAGGACGUUGGUCGCUGUUGUAGUUGCUAGCACAUCGUUCUACCUAUUCUGCCUCAUCAUGCCCAAAUUGAUCGCUGUAAUGAACUGUGUGGUGGUCGAGAACCACGACGUGGUAGAACAGCCGCUGUCAUACACCAACCUCACCCAGCGCCACACGCAGCAUGCGCUAGACUUCCUGGAGGAGCAUAAGAAUGAACCGUUCCUGUUGGUGAUGUCUUUCCUGCAGGCGCACACCGAGCUCUAUGCCGAGCCUUACUUCCACGCCAGGAGUCAACAUGGGGUUUACGGAGCGGCGGUGGAGGAGUUGGAUUGGAGCGUUGGCGAGAUCAUGGGCGCACUGCAUAGGAUGGGGGUUGCUGAUGAUACCUUUGUCUACCUCACCUCCGAUAAUGGGGCUCACGUGGAAGAAUUCUCUCUCAGUGGAGAGAAAGAGGGUGGCUCGAAUGGAAUUUAUAAAGGUGGAAAAGCCAAUUGCUUUGAGGGAGGAAUCCGGGUUCCUACCAUUGUGCGCUACCCCGGGAUCGUCCCUCCAGAAUCUGAGGUCUCCGAACCCACCAACAUAGUGGACCUUCUACCGACCGUAGUCGGCCUGACCGGGGGCCAGAUGCCAAGGGAUCGUGUCAUUGACGGGAAGGACAUGAUGCCGUUGCUGCAGGGGGAGCUAGGGAUCUCGCCCCAUGAGUUCAUGUUCUUGUACUGCGGAGGAUACAUCCAUGGGGCACGAUACAGACCAAGGAAAGGCAACCGAUUAUAUAAGAUCGUGUACACAACUGCAAACCUGGUAGAAGGACCGCACGGAACCAUGGGUUGCUUUGAUUCAUAUCCCUGCAGAUGUGAGGGUCCGACCACAGUCAACCAUGACCCGCCUCUGGUCUUCGAGCUCCGAUCGGACCCCUCCGAGACCACCCCCCUUGACCCUACCACACCCAACAUCCAGGAGAUCAUCGCAAAAGCCAGAGCAGCUGUCGCAGAGCAUCAAGCGUCCAUUGCACCCACGCCGUAUCAGUUUGCCCCGACAAGGCUGCUACCGAGGUUCGGGGAUCAACCUUGCUGCGGGACUUUCCCAUUCUGCAGCUGCACUGAAGAUCAUUCUACCAGGUUCUCCUAUGAGGAUGCCAAGCCUGAUAAGGCACAUAAAGACUGGAUGAGGGCAGAUACUUCUAAGGCUAGCUGAGGUUUGGUUCAAGCACAAAGGUAAAGAUUAAACAUUCUAGAGCUAUUCUCUCUAGUACUAUUAUUACUAUUUUAGUUUCAAAUAUGUAUUUAAUGUUAAUAACCCUCGUGUGAAAUUACUUUCCUAACCGACCUGAAUGUGAUGGUUGAAUUUACAUUGUGUAUUACUUCAGUUGUACUACUCUUUAUCAUUCAAAACAAUGUUUUUGAAUUAUCCGUCCUGUGUUUGUUCUUGCGAUAACUGAACUAGAAUUGGACCGAUCAACUUUAAAAUUUGUUUGUAUGCAUACAGGAGUGAUGAUAAUGUGAGAAGCUAUAGGAUAUCAAGGUCAAAGGUAAAAGGUUAUGGAGGUCAUAUAUCUUAAAAUAUACUGUUCUUCCUGUGAUUUAAAGGUCAAGUCCACCCCAACAAAAACUUGAUUUGAAUAAAAAGAGAAAAAUUCAACAAGCAUAACACUGA